AGUCGCAGAGCAGCCGCACCGGGGCUGUAGAUGGAGCUGUGGAGUGUUUGCGGGGGGAACCCGGCGGCAAGUCCCUAUUACAAUACGAAGCUCUGCGGGCGGGGAAGCCGGGUUUGAGAGUCAAUGAUUCACCCCGCUCUGCGUAACUGGAGACUACUAAUUCAGCUCAGGGUAUUGAGGGUGCGAGCCGAGGGCGACAGCAAGACCCAUCGCUGGGAAACUAGAGAGGAGCAGAGAGAAAGACGCACUAGAGGAAAAGGAGGCGCAUCUGCGCGUGGAAGCGGACAGCGAGACGCGAUCCAGCCUUUCUCAGCCUUACUGAAUUUUCCCAGCUCCCCCCGUAUCCUUGCUAGAAAAAAAAACUGCAUAAAAAUACACCUGACCUAACUCUGGGAAUAGGAUCUGAAACUGUGACACCUUCACAAUGAAGAAAAACAAUUCGGCAAAACGGGGCCCCCAGGAUCCCACCCAGCCAUCCUCUCAGCCGGAUAAAAUAGGAUGGAUUCGCAAGUUUUGUGGCAAAGGGAUUUUCAGGGAGAUCUGGAAAAACCGCUUUGUAGUUCUGAAAGGAGAGCAACUCUACAUCUCCGAGAAAGAGGUGAAAGACGAGAGGAAGAUCCAGGAGGUGUUCGACCUGACAGACUACGAGCGGUCAGAGGAGCUGCGCAAGUCCAAGAGCCGCAGCAAGAAGAACCACAGCAAGUUCACUGUGCUGCGCUGCCGUCAGCCAGGGAACACGGUCCCUAACCUGGUGUUCCUGGCUGUCAGCCCAGAGGAAAAGGAGUCGUGGAUCAAUGCGCUGAAUGUAGCCAUCAUCAGGGCCAAAAACCGGAUUCUAGAUGAGGUCACGGUUGAAGAAGAGAACCUCCUGGUCCACCCCACACGUGACCGUGCAAAGAUUCCCCACACCCGACGUCUGCCCACUCGUGGUCAUAUCAUGGCUGUGGCAUCCACAUCCACGUCUGAUGGCAUGCUGACCCUGGACCUUGUGCAGGAAGAAGACAUUUCAGCACCAAUUCAGCCGGAGCAGGGCGAGAAGAGCUUAAAGGUAGACCUGGACAAGUCAGCACCACAGCCUGAUUCAGUACGUCAACAGACAAACACUGAGAGCGCAAAAUCUCCUGUGAACAAUGUAGCAGUGGGCAAAGGACAGGGUCUACCUCAGAAAAUUAAGAUCACCUGGGACCAAGAGCAGGUAACAGGGCAGGCCCACUCCCCUGAGCCCAGCAAAAAGCAGACACCUGCAGAGAAGAACCAAUGUGUUUCUAUGGACAAGAUCUCCAGUUCAGACUUGCGGGCAGUUAAAGGGGCUACCAUGAUUUCCCCAGGUGCCACGCCACCGCUGACUAUCAACCAGUUGCAGGAUCUAAUCUCCAAGAAGCUGCAGAGGACUCAGGAGCUCCUGGCUGAGGUGAAGGGGAAGCAGCAGCACAAAGAUAAAGACUCGUCCAACGAAAAACACCUGGAGAGCAGCCACGCAGAGGCGGAGCGGCUGCUGCAGGAGGCCGUUACGGCCUGGGGUCACGCUCGGGACGUGUUGGAGGAGGUCCGGCAGAUCCAGGCUCUGUCUCAGCAGUUGAACUCCACAGCUGUUAGCAACUUGACUUUGUCACAGAAUGGCAAGCAAAAGAAUCAAGUCACCAAAGGGAGGGUAUGAUGUGAUUCGGGGAUGAACAGCAUCAGAGAUCACAGCUACAGCAUAGAGCGAGACAAAAAAUAACAGUUCCAGGCACGGGUGGGGAUGUAUAUUCUCCUUUUUUAUGAUAGUUUAAGUUCACUCUCCACACUAUGCUGGAAUGCAUAAACAUGAAUGCACACCAGCCUGCCAAUCUCCAUGGUGCGGUGUGCUUUGAACUUCCUUUUAAGUAUGCACUCCCAAGCUGGAGGUUGGGAGGUCAACCCUUGCUGCAAUCUGCUCAGCUCUGUAGACUUUGCCUUGUUUGAUGUGAAGAACUUUCGUAGUCUGGAUUGUACCGUCAAGACUGGCCAUCUGAUACCUAGGACAGCUAACGAGAAUCAAAACGUGGCAUCCCGGCCAUAACGUGAUGCAGUGGAUUGUCCUGUGCACGCACUGCCUGGUCUUUUUCUGUGAUGGCAUCCAGUGACAGUUGGUGAUGGGGGGCUGAUGCAACGGUUACCUCUUCCGUAAUGCGGGAUUGAGGAUGACUCCACUGGGAAGAACUACUGAGUGGGCCAGCUGCAAGACCUUGUGGUCCAUGCUUUGUUAUGCACUGGAAGAGUUCCAUAAUCAUCUUACUGCAAACCCCCACGGGGAAGCCUAACCAAUACAGUCUGUUAAUUUCGUUGUUCAGCAGCAACAUUUCUAUGUCCAGAUAUGAUCUCGUUCAUGUGAGUGCAAUUGACGUAGCAAAACAAGUAAUUUUAUACCUUGGUUUACUAACUAUAUAUAUAAACUAUAUAAAGACAAAAUAUAAAUUUAGAUAUUAUUUUUAUGUGACAGUCUGCAGGUCAUUUUUGGCAGGGGUUUUGUGUCAUUUGCUUAUGAUCUGCAAAAAUUCACAUCUAAGUAUAAUAACCAGGUAAACACAGUCAAGAACCAUCAGCAAGAUCAGAAUGUUCUCUUCUUCAACAAUCACCCAGUUACACAAUUACUCUGACAAAUUUUAUUUUUUCAUUUCCGGGAGAACAUCAAUCCAUCCUGCCGUUAUUUAACCGAGGCCCAGUCGCAGGAAGCACAGGGCAGUGAACACCCUGGACAGGACGCCAUCUUUGGAAUUUUGGAAAAUCCUGUUUUAUUUCAACAAUUAGAAUGAAUCCAUCCAUCCAUUUUUUCAUAACCGCUUAUCCAGUACAUGGGUUGCGGUGUAUUGGAAUGAAUCUUCAAUAGAACUGUAUUUAUAAACUAGACCUUUUUUUGAUAUUGUGUAGACUUUACACAGUUGCACUAUAGAGAUUACUGUAAAAGAAGAUGACACUGGCAUGUAGAAAUUGUUGCAGUUUAUGAUGCAAGUUCCUUCCACAAUCCAAAGACAUACGUCUCUAAACUGCCAGUAGUGUGUGCAUGCAUGUGCUCUGUGAUGGACUGGCAUCCCACCCAGGGUGUACCCCAGCCUUGUGCCCAGUGCAUCCUGGGAUAGGCUCCAGGUGACCCUGACCAGGAUAAGCGAAUAGAAGAUGGAUGGGUGGAGCUUUGAUCUGACAAUCAAGUCAAUAAACAGGGAAGAUAUUUGCUUCAGAAUCUCAGUAUUAUGUGUCACGGUGAUAUAAAACUGCCUUAGAAUACCUUCAGGUAUUAUCAAAACAAUAUUUAUAACAUUUAUAAACUAUUGUCUCGGUCCAUAUUUGAAGCAGAAAGUUAUAAAUACAGACAUCCAUUAAUGAUACAUACGGUAAGAAGAAUGUUAUUGGCCAAUAGUAUUUCUACAGCUUCAAGGCUGAUUUUAAUCAGUUUUUUAACUCCCAAAUAGUUCUUUUGUCUGUACCUAGCAUAUGCACAAUAAAACAAAUAAGAUAUGUCUGCAUGUAGUAGACAAACCAAAGGGCAUUUCUUGCCAGUAUGCCUGUUUUACAGUUGCUUUGUAAUAUGUUUGCACUCUGCUCCAUUAUAAUUCAGUCAGUUGGACAUUACAGAACAGUGUUAAUGUUAUUUUGUAUAUAUAUUUUUUUUUACUCAUAAAUGGUGAUUUUCUGAAGGAUAAUUACAGUAUGUGCUUUUUGGCAACAGGAGCUUCAGAGUUUUGAUAGAUAUCAGGUUUUAUAUCGAGGGGAAAUCAAUGAAAGUUGAGUGUGAAUUCUUGGCACGGUGCUCACUUUGGCCCACUAUUGCCUUGCAGUGAAAGGGAAGCAGUGCAACCACUGGACAGGAAGCGGCUGCUUCAGAGGGCAGCAUGGGCAUCUUGCUUUUGGGUUUUUACGUACUGCUGAGAUAGAGAGGCUCCUGCGGUCAUCCUGCAAUUCUUUCAAGUCUCGCUCAUUCAGAGCACUCUGAACUAAACUCAGUUUCAGCAAGCGCCUGUCAGCACAUUAUCCAGAAUGUUGACAUAACAGAGCUCCGUGCAGCUCCUCCAUGUAGAUCAGCUGCUCUUUAGCACAGAACGUAGGAGGUUGUUACCAUCACACAUCUUUUUUCAGGCCUGAAAUGAUAAGCGAUUGCGAUCACCAUUAACCGCCUCGCAAGCUGCUCUUCAGUUGUUUUGGUUGAAUUGGGAGAUCAGGCCCGUAGCCGAGGUAACAGUACGGUACUCUGCAUGUCUAUUGGUGGACAUGAUCAUUAUCCUUUAGAAUUUUCUGAAUAGGAUGCUAGAUGUAGCAACAUUAUAGCGCUGUGAAAGUGGACACAGUCAUUAUGUCAUUCAAGUCCUGUGUAUUUUUUGCCUGCCAGUGUUUACUUGCUCUCUUCUUUUACACAGAUUUCACGAUCGUCCAAUUAAUUUCCCAUUGAAAUGAUAUAAGAGUUUUAAAAGAUGGCAGCCGAGACAUUCUCAGAUAUCAAAACACUGUUGACCCAAUUACACUGUUGUGUUAAUAACUGUUUUGCAGAACAUUUUAGGUGCUUCUAAUCUGAAUUACAAUAAUCAAUCUGUGUUUUUUUUCUGUAUGCCUGGAUGACCCACAGUUAUAUGAGAGACAAACGUGCCCAUUUUUUUUCAGGUAAAGGAUUGAUUGCGUUCGGCUUGGUGGUUUUUCAACCUGAAUGUGUAACUACUUGUAAUACAUGAUAAAGAUGAAGGAAACAGGGUACUGAAAAAGGUAGUUACCUCACCUGACCGGCGUUUCCGAAGCACAAUACGGAAAACGGACAAAACAAAGCAACUGUCGCAACAAAAAUUAAAAUGGCCACCUCAACACAUGCCAAAGACUAGACAGCAAUUCAAAGCAGGUACGCAUCAUAAGAUAAGAACCCGCUAUAAAGUGUGUCAUUUGAAUUUGGUUGUCAUAGAAUUUGCACACGUUUCAGUGGUCGAGUUCAGGAUUUUUAUUAAUGAAUACUAAAUCCCAGCAAGAUUAUCAAACCAGUCUUUCAAUCAAGAACAAUUUACCUCAAAGCAGAUUAUUGUGUAAAAUAAUUUUGUAUGUGGAUUUCGUUAAAACAAACCUUUACUAUUAUUAUUAUUCUUUAGGCCUAUCAACAUUUUCUUGACUACAUGUAUGCUGUUUGUCACAUGGAAUAAGCACUGAAAUUCUGGGGAAAAAACUCAAAUGUAAAAAAAGAGAAGAAAGUGAGAAGAAUCACUAUUAAGUUUUAGAUAUUGUGCUACUUCAUUUGUAUUUUUACAAUUACAUUACAGAUGAAAUAUAUAGUGAAUAAAAUAUGCAGAUUACUUUUUGUACAACAGUGAAUACAUUUUUCAAUUUCAGUUAAAAUGCUUUUUAAAAUUUCCAUCUGAUUUAUUAAAAGGAUUUUUCGGUUGAAUAUUUCUUUUUUCUUUUUUUUUUUUAAUAUUUCUGCUUUGACCUAAAAGUCUUCCUUUGUUCUCCGGAUAGUUUUUGAAUGCUUCUGAAAAUUUCUUGCACACAUUUUUCGAAGGCACAGAGAAUUUUAUUUGCAGUAAAGGAUGACUGUUGCAUACCAAAUGAUAAUUACUUUAGCCUUAAAAAUGAGUUAGACAAGGACUUCUAAAGUACAGAGAGAAAGGAAAUGAGUGUUACUGUCUUUUGUUGAUUUGUUUCUUCAACUGAAGCAAACAUUCAGCAGUUUCACACAAACAGUCGCAGGUUAAACACAUGAUUCAGGGUUUAAUGUUAAUAAAUGUGAGACUAAAAAAUUCA